AUGAAGGAGCUGGGGUUCGACCGCACCGCCGAGCAGUGCCGCGCAAAGUUAAAGAAACUGCGUGGUGACUACCGCAAAGUGAAGGACCACAACAGCCGGAGUGGGGUCCACAGAAAGAACUGGCGGUGGUUGGAUUUGAUGGACGCCAUUUAUGGCAACAGACCGGCCACACAAGGGAGGGACGCCACAGCGGAGAGCGACGAAGCCCGUUGCCGAUCACUUGUGGACGGCGAAGGAGCACGUGUGUCGCUCCAGGGCGAGGAGUCCCCUGCCUCUGGGCCCAGCGAGGUCGACUUUCGGUGCAGCACUCCUGCACAGGCGACUACUGCGUCAUCUUCGUCUUCAUCCACACCGUCAGUCGACCCGCCGUGCUCCCCCAUACCACCUCCCAGAGGACGUGAAACUCCACCGGCACUUUCACGCACGCAGCAGCGCUCAGCACGGAGGCGGCGGGAUCAUCCCAGUGAGCUGUCGAUGGUCCUCCGAGAGCUCCAAGCUAAUGACUCAAGGCUGGCACAGCUCAACCACGACCUUCUGAGGGAGGAGCUGGAGCGCCAUGACCGUGCCCGCCAGGAGGAGCUGCGUCUCCGCCGUGAGGAUAUGGAAGCCCGCCAGGAGGAGCGGCGUGCCCGCCGGGAGGAGCGCCGUGCCCGCUACCAGGACAGAAAGGAAGAGCGGCGUCUGCACCUGCAGUUUCUUGAGGCCCAGGCUGAAACUGCCAGGCAGAAGGAAGCCAGAGUGACUGCGGAGCUCCAAGACCACAACCAAUUCUUCUCAAGAAUAUUUGCACAGGGUGUGUCUGCGCUGACACAGGGCUCGGCAGCCUUGCGUGACACUGCGCUGACAGAGUAG